AUGGAAAUUGUUUCUGCAAUUGCUGGCAAGAUCGCAGAGUAUUUGUCUGUAGCUGCUGGCGGUCAACUUGGUUAUCUGUUCCAUUACAAUGACAACAUUAAAGACUUGCAAGAGCGAGUAAAGGAGCUUAGUGGCUGCAAAGAGAGGGUGCAAGUGAAAAUUGCUACUGCUAAAAGAAAUGGAGAAAGUAUCUUCAUUGAUGUUCAAGACUGGAUAGAAAAAGUUGACAAGAUUUCUGCAGAAGCUGAAAAGUUUUUUGAAGAUGAAGCCAAAGCAAACAAGAGGUGUCUCAAAGGGGGGUGCAUCAAUCUCGGACAACGUUACCGAUUCAGUAAGGAGGCAAAAGAGCAGACCUUGGCAAUUUCAUAUCUUGUGUUGCAAGAAGUGGAAAGGUUUGAGCACGUGUCUUCUCUUGCUUCUCCAUCUGCAGUGGUAUCAUCAUCUUCGGUAUUUCCUUCUGGCACUUUUGAAUCUCGAAACUCACUUAAGAAGAAAAUUCUGAAAACUUUAAUUGAUGAUGAUAAUAUCAACAUAAUUGGAAUAUGUGGGAUGGGGGGUGUGGGUAAAACCACGCUGGUGAAAGAAAUCAGCCGACAAGUAAAAGAGGAAAAAAUAUAUGAAGAAGUAGUGAUGGCAGUUGUCUCUCAAAACCCGAGUAUUAUGAAGAUUCAAGUAAGAGCCAGUUUCCUAAGAGACAGAAUCAAGGAAAAGAAGCAGAUCCUUGUAAUCUUAGAUGACGUUUGGAAAAGAAUUGAAUUUGAUGAGAUUGGUAUUCCAUGGAGUGAUCAUAGAGGUUGUAAAAUUUUGAUCACCUCUCGAAGCAUAGCUGUUUGUAAUCAAAUGAGGUGUCAAAAGAAUUAUACAGUUGAGACUUUAUCCAAACAAGAAUCUUGGGAUCUUUUUAGCAAAAUUGUCGGCUUGACUAUUGAAAACUCCGAUAUAAACCAGAUUGCAGGAGAAGUGAUUGCUAAAUGUGGUGGCUUACCAAUUGCAAUUGUCACAAUAGCAAGAGCUUUGAAGGACAAGAACAAACGUGCGUGGAGUAAUGCAGCUCAACAACUUAAAACAUCUAUUCUUACAAGUUUGAAGUGGUUUGGAGAUGCCGAUAAAACAAUCGAAGGUGUCAGAAAUAGAGUACAUGCUAUUGUAAGUGAUGUCACCUAUUCUUUUCUCCUAAUUGAUGAUGGUAAAAAUUGUGUUAAAAUGCACAAUAUUGUCCGUGAUUUUGCAUUAACUGUAGCCUCUAAAUAUGACCAUAAGUUCAUUGUGAAAGCUGGCACUCGUCUACGAGAGUGGCCAAAUGGAGAUACAUUUGAUGAAUUCACAUGUGGUGAUCUAGAUGUUCAGGGUUAUUUUGAUAUGAGUAGAUACUCAAGAACUAUGAUACUCCAACAAAUCAACAAUUCGGUGACGUAUGAAUGGGUUAAAGGGUUGCUCAAAAGAAUUGAGUUUCUAUCUGUUGAAACAAUUGAUAAUUUAGAGAGUGUUAGUCAUAACCUAGUUGAAGAAGGGUUUAAUGAAUUGAAAAGUCUUGAUAUCAACUCAUGUGAAAAGAUAAAGUGUCUCCUAAAUACAUUGGAAUUGACACCAAACUCAACUUUCCACAAUUUAGAGGAACUGCAUUUGUAUGAAAUUCCCAACUUGGUUGAAAUGUGUAAAGGAGAACCUCCAGCCGAAGCAUUUUCUAAACUAAAAGUUUUAGAAGUGGCCAGAUGUGAUAAGAUGUUAAAUGUUGUACCAAGUCAAUUGUUACGGAAAUUUCAAAAUCUUCAUACUUUCAUAGCACGUAAUUGUGAGUCGAUGGUGUACACAUUUGAUUGUGAAGAGAUUAAGAUUACAAAAGGAGAAUCGAAGUUGCUCUCAUCAUUAGAAUAUCUAGAAUUGUAUUACUUGCCAGAGAUGUCACAUAUAUGGAAUGGUGACCAUCAAUCCAUAAGCCUUCAAAACUUGAAGAAAGUAGAGAUUGGAUUUUGUGGUAAGUUGACAAACUUAUUUUCAGCAACUCUACUCCAAGGCCUUAUUUGUUUGGAAGAUAUAUUUGUGCAGAAUUGUGAUGAAUUAAAGGAAAUCUUUGAGAAGAAAGAAGCUUUAGGUGAGGAAUUAGACCCCGCUAAAACCUCCCCGGGUUUGCAAAACCUGACUUCUAUAGACAUCUGGGAUUGCGAACAAUUAAGAAGCCUUUUCUCCCCUUCCAUUGUGAAAUGCUUGGUGAAGCUCAAAAGACUUGUAGUUAGGAGGUGUUCAUCAAUACAAGAAAUAAUAAAAAAGGAGAAAGGAGAAAAAAAAGCUUCAAUAAAGAGGCUGUUGUUUCCUAGUUUGUCCAACUUAGAACUUAGAUAUUUAGAAAACCUCACUUGUUUUAGCUCAGGGCCUUAUGCUAUUGAAUUCCCAACAUUGGAGAGGUUAAAGAUAUAUCGAUGUGAAAAUAUGAAGACCUUUGGAUAUGGAGAGCAAGUGACACCCAAGCUUAAAGAAGUGAUCCUAGAUGGUGAAAAGCGACGGAAUGACAACAUUAAUACCACAUUGCAGGAGUUCUUGAAUGAAAAUAGGAAGAAGAAGAAAAGGGAUGGUGUGAUAGAGAUUGAGAUGUGA